UGUCAAAUUAUUGUAACCUUUUCCGGUUAUUUUAUUAUUCGUAUUCGUAAUCUUUAGCCAGUGUAUUUGACUAAGCUUAGAUUAUUCAUUCGUAAUUCGGUGUUGGUGUUUAAAGAAUGGGCCUUAAAGAAGCAAUUAUUUAUCUAGACAAUCAAUUAAACACAUAUUAUGCCGGCCAAACAAUAAAUGGAAGGAUAGAAUAUGUUUUCGAUAGUCCCAAAAAAGUUCGUGGUAUCCAUGUCAAGUUCAAAGGCGAGGCCCACACAGAGUGGCGUGAAAGUAAAGAACAGCAAACAUCUGACGGGAAAACUGAGAACACUGAUGAAGUACACACAGGGAAUGAGGAGUACUUCCAAAUAUCUUACUAUUUACUUGGAAGCAAUACUGGUAACGAGAUAGAAGUGCCAGCAGGCAAGCAGGUCUACAGCUUCACUUGCGCCCUGCCGCCCGUGCUACCAUCCUCUUUCGAGGGCGAAUUCGGAUAUGUCCGAUACACUGUCAAGGUGACCCUUGACCGUCCGUGGAAGUUUGACCAGGAGACGAAAAUGGCUUUCACUGUUAUCAACGCUUUGGAUCUUAAUCUCAAUCCAUCUUACCGGGAGCCAAUCCGCAUGCAGCUGGAGAAGACAUUCUGCUGCUUCUGCUGCGCGUCCCCACCGCUGUCCGUGGACAUCCAAGCCCCGGUGUCCGGCUACUGUCCGGGACAAGUGAUCCCAUUGUCCGUGGACAUUGAGAAUAAGAGCAAUGUGCAGUUGCAUUUGGUUAAACUGUUUUUAAGAAAGGUUGUGACAUACCGGGCCACUUCGCCAAGCACAGCCACAAAGAAAUGCAAAGAAGUGGUACUAACGGUCCAAGAGGGCCCCGCGCCGGCCGGCUCGACCAAACACUGGGAUAUGCGGCUCGAGAUACCCCCGAUACCGCCCUCUAACCUGGUUAAUUGUAGCAUUAUCGACUUGGAUUACGAUCUGAAGGUGGAGUGCGUGGUAUCGGGCCUGCACACGAACCUGAAGGACCGCAAGUACGUGACCAUCGGCACCGUGCCGCUCAUGGGCGGCCCGCCGCCCUCCGCGCCGCCCGCGCCGGUCCCCUCGUCGCCCAGCCAGCCCGCCGUGCUGCCGCUCGGCCCGGGGGAGAUAGCGCAGCCUAAUGGCCCGCCGGGAGGAGACGCGACCGGCGGCUGGGUGAUGCCGGGCUCCGGACCCGCGGCACCUCAUCAGUCGCUCUACCCUACUCUUUCCAAGCCAGUAUACAAGGAGUCCACAUACACAGCGCGUACUAUCCAAGACCGCGGCGACAACAACCACACUCGGAUCGCGGGUCCGGCCAACUUUGCCCCCUUCUACCCGACCUACGCGGCCGUGCUGCCUCCCCCACUACCUCAGUAGUUUUGUAGGAAAGCUUUCUGAUAAUAAUUUUCCGAUUUAUAGGGGAAGUUUCCGUUCGCUUUACCCAGGAUAAAAGACCGACAAAAUCGGGAAUCCGGGCCCAAAAAUUGCGGAACGCGUCCACAAAGCUAGUCAUAAAGAAUUGUUAGACAGGAUUCACAUGAUCUAGGUCAGCCAUUCUCAAAGUGUGCUCCGCGGACCCCCAGGGCUUCGCAAAGCCUCUAUUGGGGCUCCGCGAGGAUACUGGUAAUAGUAAGAAAAAAACCAGCUCUUCUAUAGGUAUAUCUGGUCCACAGUGACGAACGAAAUUUAUAAUUUGGGGCUCCGUCAAAUAUUUCGCUUUCCAAAAGGGUGCCAUCACCAACAAAAGUUUGAGAACCGCUGAUCUAGGUAUUCUAGGUACUUACUUAAAAGGGAGGAUGAUGGAUGCUAUUGCAAAAUAAAUCGGAAAAUUUUUGUUAGAAUCUAUUCGGAAAUAUUACUGGAUCACAUUUUUCUAAUUAUAAUAUUUACUCGUAUUUACAGAAAGCUUUUCGAUAUAUUUACAAACUUAGCGUAACGUAAUAUUUAAGCGAAUGCUAUCGUGGUUUACUAACAAAUAUUUUGCAAAUAUUGUGGCGCUAAAAUGUUACUAGAGAAUCUCUUGCUAUAUUCGGCUGUUGAACAAAAAAUACUGCUAUCGUUUUAUAGAAUCUCGGUGCAGCUGAAGUAACAAAAUAUUGCCAUUUCUAAGUGCUUUUUGGCAUAUAUUUAGGCACUUUACCUUAUUGACAACUGAUGCUUCCGUCCUUACGCACACAAUUAAACGCGUUUAUUAUAAAUUAAAUUAACCUUUACUAUUAUUUUGGAUUUGUAUUUUCUAAUAUAAUAUGGACAUUAUCCUUGUUUUCUAAUAUUAUUUCAAAAGACAAAUAUACAGUGUUUAAUAA